UGAUUCUUAAGAACUCACAUGAACUGAGCAAAUGAGAUAGAAACAUGGCAUUAUUGAUCAUACUGAUUACUUGCUUUGUCAUUAUUUUUGCUACUUCCCAGCCUUGCCAGACCCCUGAUGACUUUGUGGCUGCCACUUCUCCAGGACAUGUCAUAAUUGGAGGUCUGUUUGCCAUUCAUGAAAAAAUGUUGUCCUCAGAAGACCAUCCCAGACGACCACAAAUCCAGAAGUGUGUUGGCUUUGAAAUAUCAACCUUUCUUCAAACUCUUGCCAUGAUACACACCAUUGAGAUUAUCAAUAAUUCAACACUAUUAUCUGGAAUCAAACUGGGUUAUGAAAUCUAUGACACUUGUACAGAAGUCACAGUGGCCAUGGCAGCUGCCCUGAGGUUUCUUUCUAAAAUCAACUGCUCCAGAGAAACUGUGGAGUUCAAGUGUGACUAUUCCAGCUACAUGCCAAGAGUUAAGGCUGUCAUAGGUGCUGGCUACUCCGAAAUAACUAUGGCUGUCUCCAGGAUGUUGAAUUUACAGCUCAUGCCACAGGUGAGUUAUGAAUCAACUGCAGAAAUUCUGAGUGAUAAAAUUCGUUUUCCUUCAUUUUUACGAACUGUGCCCAGUGACUUCUACCAAACUAAAGCAAUGGCUCACCUGAUUCAGAAAUCUGGGUGGAACUGGGUUGGCAUUAUAACCACAGACGACGACUAUGGACGCCUGGCUCUCAACACUUUUGUAACUCAAGCUGCAGCAAACAAUGUGUGCAUAGCCUUCAAAGAGAUUCUGCCAACCUUCCUCUCAGACAACACUAUUGAAGUCAGAAUCCAUCAGACACUUGAAAGAAUCAUUGCAGAAGCCCAGGUUAAUGUCAUUGUGGUAUUCCUGAGACGAUUCCACGUUUUCAGUCUCUUCACUAAAGCCAUUGAACAGAAUAUACGUAAGAUCUGGAUUGCCAGUGAUAACUGGUCAACUGCUACCAUGGUUACCGCUAUUCCUAAUGUUAAAAAGAUUGGCAAAGUUGUGGGGUUUACCUUUAGAAGAGGGAACAUAUCCUCUUUCCAUUCCUUUCUUCAAAACCUACAUGUGCUUCCCAGUGACAACAACAAACCCUUACAUGAAUAUAUCAUGCUUUUGUCUGCCUGUGCAUACGUCAAGAACAGCGAAUUGAGUCAAUGCAUUUUCAACCAAUCUCAGGAGGUUUUGGCCUAUGAAGCUAACAAGGCUAUAGAAAGGAACUUGCUCCUGAGAAAUGACUUCCUCUGGAACUUUACAGAGCCAGGACUCAUUCACAGUAUUCAGCUCGCAGUGUUUGCCCUUGGUUAUGCCAUCCGGGAUCUGUGCCAAACUCGAGACUGUCAGAACCCCAACGCCUUUCAACCAUGGCAGUUACUUGAUGUGCUACAAAAUGUGACAUUCACCGAUGGAGGAAAUUCAUUUCAUUUUGAUGCUCAUGGGGACUUAAACACAGGAUAUGAUGUUGUGCUCUGGAAAGAGAUCAGUGGACACACGACUGUCACCAAGAUGGCAGAAUACGACCUACGGAAGGAUGUCUUCAUCAUCAUGAAUCAAGAAGCGAAGAACGAGUUCAGGAAUCUUAAGCAAAUUCAGUCUAAAUGCUCCAAGGAAUGCAGUCCUGGACAAAUGAAGAAAAAUAUAAGAAGUCAACACAUCUGCUGCUAUGAAUGUGUGAACUGUCCUGAAAAUCACUACAGUAAUCAGACAGAUAUGGAUCAUUGCCUUUUAUGCAACAACGAGACACAAUGGGCUCCCGUGGGGAGCCCUGCUUGCCUUGAGAAGGAAGUAGAAUACCUAGGCUGGAAGGACUCCUUGGCCAUCCUGCUGCUGGGUCUCUCUCUGCUGGGAAGCCUGUUUGUUCUGGCUGUUGGCAUCAUAUUUACAAGAAACCUGAACACACCCAUUGUGAAAUCAUCUGGGGGAUUACCAGUCUGCUAUGUGAUCCUCCUCUGUCACUUCCUCAACUUCGCCAGCACGGGCUUUUUCAUUGGAGAGCCACAGGACUUCACAUGCAAAGCCCGGCAGAUGCUCUUCGGAGUGAGCUUUACUCUCUGCAUCUCCUGCAUUUUGAUCAAGUCUCUGAAGAUCCUGCUAGCCUUCAGCUUUGACCCCAAGUUGCAGAACCUUCUAAAGUGCCUCUAUAGACCAGUCCCCCUGGUCUCUGCCUGCACAGGGGUCCAGGUGGUCAUCUGCACACUCUGGCUGGUCUUGGCACCGCCUGCUGUGGAGGAGAAUGUCUCCCUGCCCAGAGUCAUCAUCCUGCAGUGCGAGGAGGGAUCCACACUUGCGUUUGGCACCAUGCUGGGCUACAUUGCCAUUCUGGCCUUUGUUUGCUUCAUAUGUGCUUUCAAAGGCAGGAAGUUACCUGAGAACUACAAUGAAGCCAAGUUCAUUACCUUCGGCAUGCUCAUCUACUUCAUAGCUUGGAUCACAUUCAUCCCCGUCUAUGUGACUACAUUCGGCAAAUAUCUGCCCACGGUGGAGAUUAUUGUGAUUUUAAUAUCCAAUUAUGGGGUCCUGUGUUGCACAUUCUUCCCCAAAUGCUAUGUGAUAAUUUGCAAGCAAGAGACUAACACAAAAUCGGCCUUUCUCGAGAUGGUUUACAGUUACUCCUCCCACAGCGUUGGCAGCCUGGCCAUGAGCCAUGCUUCACGGGACUCCACAAACAGUAGUGUCACAGCAACCAAUCCCAACUCCAGCGGUGCAUCCUCAGCCUGGCAGAAAAGCCAAGAUCUUCAGCUGCAAACGUUGGCACACACAUGCAAAGAAAAUGCCACAAGCAUAUCUAAAACUUUGCCUCGAAAAAGAAUUUCAAGUAUAUGAAUGAGCCUUAGGAGAUGCUACAUCUUGGUGCAAAAUGUUUCUAGGGUCUUUGCAU